CUAUGUGGCUAGACAGUGCAGGUAAACAACAGUGGUAAACAGUAAGGCAAUUUGACCAAGGGUAGUUGAUAAGGCUGUUAACUGGGCUGUCAACUGGGUAAAAUUAUCGUUUCGGUCAUACACCUAUUUAAAAUGAAGGCCACAGUUGUUCAAAACACAUCAAAAACUAUCUGACAAACAUAAUUCUAACCUAACCUAACCUAACUUAACCUAACUUAACCUAACAGUAACCUAACCUUAUCCUAACCUAACCCAAACCUAACCUCGCUAGAUGACUGCGACAAAAAUACCACCAACUGCUUAUUUCCAGGAAGUUCUUUAUAAAAAUUCAGUUGUGCUGUCACUAAGUUGUGUAAAAUUUAUCUGAGACAUCCCGUAGCUUACAGUGAAGUCCAGGUGUAGCUGGGAUGUGUGCUAAGACAACAGUGGCACCUCUAGAUCGAAUCAAAAUCCUCCUCCAGGCUCACAAUAAACACUACAAGCAUGACGGUGUUUUCAGCGGGUUAAGAAACAUCGUCGCCAAAGAAAACGUCUGGGCUUUAUACAAGGGAAAUGGUGCCCAGAUGGUUCGAAUCUUCCCAUAUGCUUCUACACAGUUCACAUCUUUUGAACUUUAUAAGAAGGUACUAAACAACCUAUGGGGUCACAAUAAAUACCUCAACAAAACUACCUCAGCAAUAGCAGGAUCACUAGCAGGGGUAACUGCAGUGUUCCUCACGUACCCACUUGACACUAUAAGAGCCAGACUAGCGUUCCAGGUGUCGGGGGAACAUUUAUACACUGGUAUAUUGAACGCCGCCACCACUAUAUUUCAGACGGAAGGUGGUAUGAGAGCUUUGUAUAGAGGAUUCACUGCUACUGUAUGUGGUAUGAUUCCCUAUGCAGGCCUGAGCUUCUACUGCUUUGAACAGAUGAAGUACCUGUGUAUGAAACAUCUCCCUGACCAAACAUGUAGGAGUUGUGAUAAAAAUACAGGUGGUCUGGUCUUGUUAAUUCCUGCCAAGCUCCUGUGUGGUGGUCUGGCAGGAGCCAUCGCCCAGAGCUUCUCCUACCCUUUUGACGUCACCCGGCGGAGGAUGCAGCUGGCCUGGAUGACUGAGGAGACUCGUAAGUUUGGAGAGAUGGGUAUGGUGGACACGUUACGUCUGAUCUACAAGGAGAACGGGGUAACCAGAGGACUGUACCGAGGAAUGAGCAUCAACUACAUGAGGGCAAUACCUAUGGUGGCUGUUUCGUUUUCAACCUAUGAACUGACCAAACAGAUGUUAGGCCUGGAUACUGGGCUUGCUAUUAAGAUGGGGUAACUUUAGAUUCUGGUGUAGGGUAGGAUGUAGUGUAGGGUAGUAGUAGUGUAGGGUAGUAGUAGUGUAGUGUAGUGUAGAGUACUGUUGUGUUGUAGUCUUAGUGUAGAGUAGUGUAGUGUAGAGUACUGUUGUGUUGUAGUCUUAGUGUAGUGUAUUGUAGUGUACUGUAGUAUAGUGUACUGUAGUGUUUUAUUCAAGAAUUUGUACUCAAUUUUUUAACUCCUAUUUAAUAUAAAGCUUCAAGUGAAUAUAAUCUGUAAUUAAUUUUGUCCAUCAAGAUGAAAUAAUUUGUGAUAUUGUUUAUGACUGUACGUACAUGAUACUGUUUGAGUGUACGUACAUGAUACUGUUUAUGACUGUACGUACAUAACACUGUACACUGACACCUUGUUACUUAAUGCACAGUAUCAUUUAAUAUGACCAAUUAGAACAAUUUAAUUACAUCGUUAAGUGAUUUAAUUGCUCACACUAAUUAGGGUAUACUGUACUUUGUUCCAGACCAACUAAUAUUGUUAACAGUUAUCUGAUAUUUUUAAUUACUUUUCUAAUGAUGAGGUGAUUAUACCCACUUGUUAACAAAAGACCUAAUACACUAACGAUGCUUAGAGGUCAUAAGGUUAAGCGGGGACCUCCAGAACGUCUCUCAUCGCUAUCUUUUCUCAUAUUUCCUUUAUUAUGAUGUUCGGUGCACAAAUUUUCACAUCAAUUUUUUUUUUAUGGGAAAUUCAGGCAAUGACUUGACAGUUAAUGAUGAAUAAUCGUUUAAUGACCAAACGACACCAACAACAAAAACACCUUAACCAAUCGGGGGCGGGGCAUAGCUGGUAAACGAGUUAAUUUAAUCAUAUAUACGAUACUGUCGUCCUUGUGGUGUGGUGGUAGGGAUGCCUGUUCACACACAAGAGGUCCAGAGUUUGAUUCCCAACAUGAGGUAUUGACUAUAGUACAGUAUAUAUGUAACAUUUCACCUAUUCACACCAACUUUUUAUGUGGUUAAAUUAAAUAGAUUUAUGUUAAUGUGUGGUGGUGGUAGAUAUAAUACAAUGGUUGAAAGACUUAAAAGUGGAUAAUGAUUAUUGAAGAAUAUUCACCAAGAAAUUCAUUAUGGUGGCAUAAUGCUGAUGUUAGCUGGUACUGUACUGUACUCUGGUCUACCCUACCCUACCCUACCUUACCCUACCCUACCUUACCCUGCUCUCUCCUACCUUACCCUACCCUACCCUACUCUACUCUAUCCUACCCUACUCUACCUUACCCUGCUCUCUCCUACCCUACCCUACUCUACUCUUAUCAUACAUCUUACAGUAUAAGUCGUAUUAGCUCUUUAUGAGAAGGACUAUACUGUACUGUAUGCAAUUGUUAUUCUUGUUAUAAUUUGUAAAUAUUAAACAAA